AUGAUGGGCAAGAAUCUGCAGGAGACUGGGGUCGCCCCGACGGACGACGGCUUCACCGUCCUGGAGAGGCGACGGAGGGACGAGCAGGAGGACGGCCCGACGGUCCUGGGCUGCCCGGAGAACCGCCCCUUCGCCGAGCUCCGGCGCUUCGGGCAGAUCUUCUCGGGCCACCUGAAGAGGAAGAGGGUGGCCCUGCCAGACGACAGCGUGGUGCCCUUCGGCCUGCAGAUCGUGGACACCCCAGGAAUGAUCGACCUGCCGGCGAACACCGGCAGCGCCUCCCGCGGCAGAGGCUACAACUUCGUUGACGUGGUGCGGUGGUGGGCCAAGCGCUCCGACCUCAUCCUGCUGCUGUUCGACCCGGACAAGCCGGGCACCACGGGCGAGACGCUGGAGGUGCUCACCAAGUCGCUGGAAGGGCUCAAUUGCGAAGUUCCUGAUCGUAUUGAACAAGGUGGACAAGUUGGACAAUUCGGUUGA